AUGAAUGGAGCAAAUCAGAAUAUCCCUACUACUUUGCCAAGAUUGCCGUCAUUUCAACAAUUGAGUGAAACAAUUCGCAACCCAGAUUUUACCGAACUGCUGCAAAAAACUCAACAAUAUCAUCAACAUAGAUUCCAAAAUACCCCAAUUGAUUGUAAAUCGCUAAUGUUAUUUCCAAUAAAUUAUACUCCUGUCAAUGAUAAUGGCAUUGUUACCUCCCUGAAUACUAUUGUCACUACUACUAGUAAUAUGAAUGGCAAUUCCACUAUGGAAUAUUCUUAUGGACCAACAUUACAUGGCAGACAUGAAAGUUAUCCCAAUCAAUAUGUUUUCUCCAAUCAAGAAUCAAAAACCAGAAUUCCAAUUUCUAAUCGAGUAUCACCUGUUUCAAUGGAUAGAACUAAAGCUCAUUCUUUGGAUUCAGAGUUGACUAAUCAUUUUAAUAAUACCAAUAAUGAUAAAGCCUAUUCCAAAAAAUAUAAAGUUGUCUUUGAUUUAAUUCAAUUUUUGAAAAAAUUUGAAAUCAAAUAUAAUGAAUUGAAACAUUACACAUUUGAUUUAGAAAAUGAUAAGAAUUCAAAUGUAUUAGAAAAAAUGGUCACUGAUUUAUCCAUAGAUGAUAUAAAUGAAGCCUUGGUCAAUACUAAGAAACUCGCCAAUGUUUUUGAAAAUAUCAAAAGUAUUAACGAAAAUAGUAGUAACAAGUCUAACAAUGAUAUAAGAAGAAAUGGAUUAUUUGUAUAUGAGAAUGGUAAUAAGAAACAACAACAUACAGAGAAAAGGAAAAUUCGCAAAAAGCACCAACACCAACACCAAUAUCAACAUCAAUUGGUCAAAACUAAAGCAUUAACUGCACGUAGUGAAACCAUUCCUCUGCAAGUGGGUCUCAACAGUAGCAAUGGUAGUAUUGCUUCCAGUGGGUCUUUACAACCAUCGCAGCCACCACUGCAAUUAGCUCAAUCUCAAAUACAACCACAAUCACAACUGCACCUACAACUGCAGCCUCCACUAUCAACAUCUAAUCUUACUGGUGGGAAUUUGAAUACUGAGUUGAGUGUAAAACCAGAAAUUACCUGCCAACAUUGUUGUUCACAAGAAACUCCUGAAUGGCGCCGAGGACCUGAAGGAAGUAGAACGUUGUGUAAUGCAUGUGGAUUAUUCUAUUCCAAGUUAAUUAAAAAAUAUGGGUUGCGAGAAGCUGACAAAGUUAUGCUACAUCGUAAACAAACAGGUACGGUCAAUGAUAGAAGAAUUUUUUAG